UAUUACGUCACAAAGCUCCAACGCGGUCCGUACUCGGAUGUUAAUGACCGCAACUAGGAGAUACAAGAUAUUCGCGGUCUUAUCAGGGUCACAUUCACCCAAAGAGAGGAGAAAGGAUUCGUCUAGGGGUCGGUUUUUCACGUCUGUACUGUAAUUCUUCGUCUGACGUGCCGGAGGUAUAUGUAAUGCCUACCCAAUGAGUGAUAAGCCAACGAGGAUUCCGCUGGCCAGGUCAACCGGCGGCUCAAGUGCUGCCACGAAAUCCUCUAUCCUCAUCAACUAUGGUUGGGCUGCCGAAGGAGGGAAACAAAGACGAAGAAAGAACGCACCAGACGAGGAAAGCGAAGAGGAGACAAGGUCUCAGAGCUCCUCAUCAGAAAAUGUAAACCAGGUUUCGUACCAGCUUCCAAGCGAUCCUGUCCAACUAAGCCUCUCACAGCCUCAACUCAAUGCCCUCUCUUUCAACCUAUCAGAGCUUGCUGAUCGAAUAUCUCCUAGCAUGCACUGCGAACUAGAAGAGGAGGACUGGGAACCACGACCACGUGCUGGGAGCUGGGACCACCCCUCGCGUCACGUGGAUGAUCUUGGUAAUCACGUGCACUCGAAGGUACCUUACGCGCGCAUGCGCGAGAAUCGAUCUUACGUGUCGCGGAAGAAAAGUUUUACCAAGUUGAGAUCAACGCAUGUGAGCUCCUCGAAAUCUCAGCCCGUGGAUGACGAGAGAAAAAAUGCGAUAGCAAUGACAAUGCCUGGGAAAAGUUUUAAAGGGACGAACACCAGUGACGUCGAAAAAGCUGCGGAGUACUUAGUUGCUUUGAAGGUAGAUACGUCUCUAGGUUCUACCAUAGUGAAGCAGUCUUCAUUAGAGUCUGGUUAUAACUCGUCAAUGUCGAUAUCAUCUAUCAGUGCGAAUGAUGACUUAAAAGAUGCAGACACUGAGGCAGAAACUGAUGUGGACGAGGCUUUUAAAAGUGAGGGAGAAAGUGCCACUGAUAAUGCCUCGAAGUAUGCGAGCUUGCAGAAGAAGAUUUCCGAUGUAGAACAAAGAAUAAAUUCACUCAUCCAAGGUAAAGGUAACACUGAAAUUCCAGGAAAAAGUGUCCAGGAUGUCAAAAGUACUGAUAAGCCCACUAAAGAGGGACUUGUCAAUAACCAGAUAAUAUCUAAACCUGAUAGUAAUCUCGAUGUCAAUCAAAAUAAGGGCGAAAAUGAGAACGACAAGGAUUUGAAGAAGUCCCCUUUUCAGCUUUCUAAGUCUGGUAAAGGCGCCUCCGAUGAGCCUGGAGCGAGGAGAGGGCCUCGGCCUGGGCUUGUUCGUAGGAGGACGACCUUGGUGUCGUUUCGCCCGCCGAGGCAGUCUCCAGGAUUCAGCGAGACCUCAAACAGUGAGGUUUUCGAGAUGGACGAGGCAGCGUUUGUGCAGUAUUUGACAGACGUCCGGGCCAUGAAGACAAUGCUUCUUAAACUGAAGCGAGAAUUGCAGGAAGCGGAUGUAGCUUCGCCCCUCUCCCACUCCCUGGCGCCGCACUCUGCGUCAACGCAGGCCUGUAGCACUGCAAGCUCAACAAUUGCGUCGUCGUCACCAUCUCAGUCUAAUGGGCUACUUCGGAGAAACACGUACAACUCAGGGGAGAUGCAUGAAAAGCUUCGCCGCAUUCGAUCAGCGUCCUUUAGUCGACGGAGGGAAAAUUCACGUGAUGAAAGCGAUCCAAAAUCGGACACUCCGGACAGACCGAUAACACUGGAUUCGGACAAGGACGAGGUGACGACAUUACGGGAGGAGCUUGACAAGAUGAAAAACAAAGUGCAAGAAAUCACAGAGGAUCGCGAUGCGAUGGCACGUUGUAAAGAAGAACUCGAGCACGAACUUGAGAGCAAAAAUUACACAAUAAAACUGCUACAGAAACAAUUAGAGCAUCAGGAUAAUGACGAGGAGAUGGUCUUCCUUAAGAGACAGGUGAAGAUCCUCACAGAACAGGUCCGACAACAACAACAGAAGAUGCAAGAGCUGAAAUAUCGUACCAGCACACCGCCUAAUACAACGGGCCCAACCAAAGGCUCCGUUAAAUUAGACAUCAAUGAUGAGUUUGAGUCAUUAAACUGCAUCGAGAAUCGACUUCGGGAUGCUUUUACUCGUCAUCUAGAGGAAUCAUCUAAGAGUACGCUGCAGUUGAGUAGACAAAUAGAGAAGGCGGAGAUGUCCAUUUCAGACGCUCAGAAAGGUCUCAAAUCAAUCACCCUUAAUCCACCAACCACUAUCACUGAAACCCAGGCUACGGCAGGUAGCGCCUUAAUAUGCAGCACAGGCAUCCCAACACUGCACCACAGGCAACCCAUCAUUUUACCACAAGCAAAUCACCGUAUCACAGGCAGUCCAUCACGGCACGCCCUCACCACAGUCGGGAAGCCCUCGAUCAAAGCCCGAAGUCCAACGAGCACACUCGGCCCCCAGUUCGAGCAAGGCCGAAGGCACUCCUGGACCGCCAACUCCAUAGAAAAAAUCAUAAAAACAUGGAAAGAGACCCAGCCCCCCGAGACCGCGCAGCGAGCGCCUCGGAAAAAGACUAAGUCGAGUCCGCAGACACAGCUGAAUGGUAGCAGUAGUGACGAGUCCACCCACGUGGCUUAUCUUUGACAUGAGCAGUUUGACUGUGAUGACGUCACGGCAGCUAUACCCAGGCCAGGUCUCACAUUGCGCAGCUAUGAAACAACGCAGUUUGUCUAUGACAUAAUGGUAGCCAUGGCAUUCACUUACAUAUUCAUGUGAUCUAUGACAUACGCAGUUCGUCUUUGAUGAUGAAACAGUAGCCAUGACAACCUACCUCGUGAAUGAGCGGUGAGAAAGCAAGGUAUCACAAACUUAAUGUCCCCUAAACGUCUUUCUCUGUGACAAUGGUACUCGUUUUACUCAUUAAUACUUACUACAUAGCGUUAAAAUAGUAAAGUCCCAAUCGACUGUUAUGCGAUAUAUAUUAGUUCCCUUUACUUUAGUAAGGCGGGCCCAGUAUGACAUAAUGCCGUGACAUGAUGACAUAAUGCCGUGACAUGAUGACAUAAUGCCGUGACAUGAUUUGGUCAAGUGUUGCGUGACACUAGGUCCUUGUGGUAUUCUGUAGUGAGGAGGUGCGGCGUCUUUAAUAACGUCAUUCGUCUGGGAGAAACGAGAGUGUCUGAAAGGUGGCGGAUGGUUUCUGCGGUUAAUCACCGCGAAGAAAGGACUUUUCUACUUAAUGCAUACCCGUCGGCACCUUGCCUGACAUCGGGGGAUUAUAUAGUUAUAUUGUUGGUUUAAUUUAUUUUUGGUUUGUCAAUGUCUAGUCGUCUCACGGUUGUAAAUAGAAAAUCGAUACCUGAAAAAGUUUAUUAAAUUCUGUAAAUGAUUACACCGAGAAAUAAAGUCCUAUAUAGGCUGAAUAGGCGAGCGACGCGCCCCACACUAACAGAUCACGUAAUUUUUUGGAUAGCAAACUCGCGCAUUCCGGAUUUUGGCGGCAAAAUAACAACAACAACAACAACAAGUAACUUAUUCAGCGUUUGCGGAUAAUCCAAAAUCCAUUCAAGAAAGGGUUUAUUCGAGUAAAGCGGGGAGUUCGAGUUAACCCGUGUUCCAUCUCCACAAGUCCCUUGAGAAUAGAUAGGCAUAAUAAAUAUGUUGGAAGCAUCCGUUCGAGUGGAUUAUGUAAGUGUAUUUAUCCUUACCCUAAAUAUAGCAGAAGAGGGAUGGGAAUCCCGUGAUGUGACCUUUACUGAAAAAGGAGACGACGUCAUUCAAAAACUAUUUUUCCUUGGGAAUUAUAUCAUGUAUUACCGGUAUGGAUAGGGCCGACCCAGAUAGGUGGAUGUUCCCAAGGUCCCUCAUAUUUGAUACACAGCAUAGACAAUUGCUCUCUCAAUCCAAUUUCCGCAUAGUUGCAAACAGUAAUUUAGUAACCUCUGAGUAACUCUGAGUAACGUGGUUUUGGUUCGGUAACGAAUACAAAUCAAGAAAAAAAUCCGAGCACAAAAAAAAGACUGAGAACACAAACUGGCUGUGAAAAAAAAAUUACAGCGAACACAAAUGAAUAUAAUUCCCCCCGUCAGAUAAAAAAAUAGUCAGCCCCAGAAUUACGUAUUCAUCAGGCGCAACGUUUCCGAAAUGUGUCCCCCUAGUCUAAACAAUACAUUCCUUAACUUCCGUCGGGCUCAGACGAGUGGAUGUUUUGGUUUUGACACGUUCUAACCACGUUUUUAUACUCAGCCAAUCGCAUUCUUAUACAUUAUUUAGCAGGGAUUCCUUGCGGUUUGACACUAAUUUUAGAAAAAAAGGGGAAAACAUAAAUUAUUUAUGUAGUUGAUUCAGAAGAAAAAUGGCACUUUUAAAAAUUUACUAAAAGCCUUUUGAUGGCUUAAUUAUAGCUUUUAUUUGAGGUGAUGAUAUCUUUCCGAGGAGCUUUGAGUGUCAUCAAACCACAUAAUUAUGAGGAAUGGGGUUAAGUUUUAGUCGAUGGUUGAUUUGUAGUAAAGUAUCCAGGUAUCUUGACAUUUAAAGAAAAUAUAGAAUUAAAAUGCCUUUUAAGUCA